GGUCGGCGCAGCAGCAGGAGAAAGACGCGCGCCAGCCAUCGGCGGGUAUUUAUAGCACCGUGACAGCGGCGCCCUGGCAGAGCCGGCGCCUGGCUCACGUAGGAGUUUCCACUUAGAGCAAAAGGUGGCUGCCGAGCUCGGCAGACAACUGUACUGAAGUAUUUGAGAAUGGGUAAAGGCUUCCGCUACUACUUCCAGCACCCCUGGUCUCGCCUCACAGUGGCUUACUUGGUGAUCUUCUUUAACUUCUUAAUAUUUGCUGAGGAUCCAGUAUCUCACAGUCAGACAGAAGCCAAUGUUAUUGUUGUUGGCAACUGCUUUUCAUUUGUAACAAAUAAAUACCCUGGAGGAGGAGGCUGGAGGUUUCUGAAGGUGCUUCUAUGGCUACUUGCCAUUCUCACGGGACUGAUAGCUGGGAAAUUCCUGUUCCAUCACCGUUUGUUUGGUCAGUUACUCCGGCUAAAGAUGUUUCGAGAGGAUCAUGGAUCUUGGAUGACAAUGUUCUUCAGUACCAUUCUCUUCCUCUUCAUUUUUUCUCACAUUUACAAUCUGUGCCUCCUUAUGGCAGGGAAUAUGAGGGCAUACAUCAUAACAGACUUUAUGGGCAUCAGAAAUGAAAGUUUUAUGAAGGUUGCUGCAGUGGGGACUUGGAUGGGAGACUUUGUCACAGCUUGGAUGGUCACUGAUAUGAUGCUUCAGGACAAGACCUACCCUGACUGGGGGAAGUCUGCCAGAGCUUUCUGGAAGAAAGGAAAUGUUAGGAUCAUUUUAUUCUGGACUGUUCUAUUUACAUUGACCUCUGUGGUUGUGGUUGUCAUCACUACUGACUGGAUCAGCUGGGACAAGCUGAAUCGUGGAUUUCUGCCAAGUGAUGAGGUCUCAAGAGCCUUCCUGGCUUCUUUCAUCUUAGUGUUUGACCUUCUUAUUAUCAUGCAGGAUUGGGAGUUUCCACAUUUCAUGGGUGAUGUUGACAUAAAUCUUCCUGGCUUGCCAUAUGCACAUCUGCAGUUCAAACUACCUUACUUCCAAAAUAUCUUCAAGGAAGAAUAUCACAUACAUAUAACAGGUAAAUGGUUUAACUAUGGAAUUAUCUUUCUGGUUUUAAUCCUGGAUCUAAAUAUGUGGAAGAAUCAAAUAUUUUACAAACCUCAUGAAUAUGGUCAAUAUAUUGGUCCUGGACAGAAGAUCUACACAGUGGAGGACUCAGAAAGCUUAAAGGACCUUAACAGAACCAAGUUAUCCUGGGAUUGGAGAUCAAAUAACACAAACCCUCUGACUAACAGGACUUACGCUGAGGGAGACAUGUUCUUGCAUAGCAGAUAUACAGGAGUUAACCUUGAUGUCAAAUGCCUGGCCUUUAUUCCAUGUUUGCUGGCUUUUGCUCUGUUUGGGUUCUUCAUCUGGUUCUUUGGGCGAUUUCAGAAAACUGAGCAAGGCAUGGAGAAUCUGGACAAAUCAUACACAAGAAUGAAAAGGAAGUCGCCAUCAGACAUGGGAAUGACACGAGAAAAUACACAGGUUUUAGUGGAGAAAACUUUAAGUUUUCAAGACCCACAUUUAGUAUCCAUAAAAUCAGACUUAAGUGAAAUUGUCUUUAAUUCUUCCCUUCUAACUUCUGAAAACUUGAGCUUACAGUUGAAUGAACAAGACAGCCCAUUACAACCAAUGACAGCGGAUUCUGCCCCUAAGAGUGAUCCCAUGACCUAGAGCAAAUGACCCAGAAAAGAAAGAUUAAAAUAACCAAUUAUUGUGAGAGUUCAGUUUUUGUAAGUUAAGGUUUACAUCAUGUUUAGCACAAGAAAUAUAACCUGUACCACAAAGGUGCUCACAUGCUUUUUCUAGGAAUUUUGUUUUCUAUUUGUAUUAUAUGUGCCUACUCUAUAGCUAACAUUCCUAUAUAGAUUAUGUCUCAGAAUUGCACCAUCUAUUUAUUAAUUCAUUGAUGUUGCUGUAUAAUAGUGAAUUAGAUGAAUAUUUGCAGUAUAAAAUUCUAACCGUGGUGGUGCCUUGAAACAUUAAACUGAUUUUUAACUCAACUCCAGAAGAUAUAAAGACCAGUUCUUCUAACCUAUUUUGCAAGGGUUUUUUUGCAUGCAAUUAUUUAGAAUGCCAUUUGAUUUCUUACCAAUAGAUGUAGAGAUUUCUGAAGAACAGUUCCUGACAAGAUGUUACACUAACAGUUGACUUUGUUAUUUACUCAGCUGUAGAGUCAGUGACUUUGAUAACUGGACUGCAGAGAAGCAUUUUGAUUACCUUUUAAUUUUUGCUAGCUCGCUGCCAAAUACAAAUACAGCUUCAUAACAGAGUAACAGUAGAGCAUGGGUCACUACUUGUGAAAAUAGGACUUUCUCUGUCAGUAAUUGCAAUUAGAUGAUAAUGCCAAUUAUGUUUUUCAUAAUUAAAGAUAAACUGCUGCUUCAUUAAAACUCCUGCCCUUCACCUUUCCGAAACAAAGGUUAAAAUGCAUAGUUAGAGCAAUAGUCACAUAUCCCAUCAUCAACACAAACCUGUGCAAUGUCAAAGAACCAGUGUAGUGAUUACAGGAAAGACCCCAGAGCCCAUAGCCUUCAGUGUUUGUACAACUUUGUGUAACUAUGGUUUGGGAUACAUUAUGCUGGGAAAUGUACAACACAACUGACAGCUUUAACUUCUUCAAAGACUGAAGCAAUGGUGUGGGGGCUGGGGAGUGACUGCAUGGAAUAGAUUAGCAAGUGAUUUGUCCUGAAUCUUUUUUGCCCCUUUCAGGAAUUAAACACUGUCCAUUAAUAAAUAAUAGAACCCAGCAACAAAA